GGUGCACUCUGGGACACGGCGCUGGCGGGAGGCGCGGGCCGGUGGCGGAGGUGAGGGGACUCGGGCGGCGGCAGGAUGGUGAAGCUGACGGCGGAGCUGAUCGAGCAGGCGGCGCAGUACACCAACGCUGUGCGGGACCGCGAGCUGGACCUUCGCGGAUAUAAAAUUCCUGUCAUUGAAAAUCUAGGUGCUACUUUAGACCAGUUUGAUGCUAUUGAUUUUUCUGACAAUGAGAUCAGGAAACUGGAUGGUUUUCCUUUAUUGAGAAGAGAGCCUUUCCAUUUUUAUUUUAGCCGAAUAGGUGAGGGACUUGAUCAGGCUCUUCCCUGUCUGACAGAGCUCAUCCUCACCAACAACAGUCUAGUGGAGCUGGGUGAUCUGGAUCCUUUGGCAUCUCUCAAAUCACUGACAUAUCUAAGCAUCCUAAGAAAUCCUGUAACAAAUAAGAAGCAUUACCGACUUUAUGUCAUCUAUAAAGUUCCACAAGUCAGAGUACUGGACUUUCAGAAAGUGAAACUAAAAGAGCGUCAGGAAGCAGAGAAAAUGUUCAAGGGCAAACGGGGUGCACAGCUUGCAAAGGAUAUUGCCAGGAGAAGCAAAACUUUUAAUCCAGGUGCUGGUUUGCCAACUGACAAAAAGAAAGGCGGGCCAUCUGCAGGGGAUGUUGAAGCCAUCAAGAAUGCCAUCGCAAACGCAUCGACGUUGGCAGAGGUGGAGAGGCUGAAGGGCUUGCUACAGUCCGGCCAGAUCCCUGGCAGAGAGCGCAGAUCAGGUCAGAGACUCUUGUGUGUGGCCUUGCAAGAUGUCCCACUGGGGAUGAUUACAGAGGAGUACCUGGUGGGCAUGACAACACAGGCCUGGGAUCCCUGUAUUUGGGAGGUUGAGGCAAGAGGAUCAGGAGUUGAAGUUUGAGACCAGCUUCAGCUACACGAGACCCUUUCUCCAAAAAGAAAAAAGAAAAGGAAAGAAGUAGGGAGGCAGGACAAUAAAGUUAAGCCAUUGGGAUAUUUGUGGGGUCUUUACAAGUUGUAGCAAAACAUUCUAUAACAUGAAAAGAACAAAGUUCUAGAGGUGGUUGUGAACUUCUAAGUCAAGUGCUAUAUAACGGACAUUUUGAUCAACUGACACAUUGCAUAUACAAUAGUGAUCCUGUAAAGUCACAGCUUAAAAAUUGUUCUGCCUGUUUUUUGUUGUGUUGUGGUUUUCUUUGGGGGGUGGGGACGGGUUCCCAAGACUGGGUUCCUCUGUAACAGUCCUGGGUGUCCUGGAACUCACUUUGUAGACCAGGCUGGCCUCGAACUCACAAAG